AGCCGAAAGACCGACGACCGGCUGGCAAAGAGCUGCAUGCAACCGGUGGGAGGCCGGGCCAGCUGGGGCUGGGGCUCGGGCCGUUUUCCGGCGGGCCCCUGGCGGCGAGCGAGGACGGCCCGGAGGCGGCGGCUCUGAGCUGGCAGGCGGAGGGUUGUCUCCUGCGCCCGCCUGCCCGGCGCGGUCCGAGGAUGUGGGGGGGCGAUGCCCGGGGCCAGGGACGCGCUCUGUCACCAGGCGCUGCAGCUGCUGGCCGAGCUCUGUGCCCGUGGGGCCCUGGAGCACGACAGCUGCCAGGAUUUUAUCUACCACCUGCGGGACCGCGCCAGACCCCGUCUCCGCGACCCAGAUAUCUCAGUCAGCCUGCUGACCCUUGUGGUCACAGCCUGUGGCCUCGCUCUCUUUGGCGUGUCUCUCUUCGUGUCGUGGAAACUCUGCUGGGUUCCGUGGCGAGAACGAGGCCUGUUCUGUGGUAGCAAAGACAACAACCAGGAGCCUCUUAACUACACAGAUACAGAGACCAACGAGCAGGAGAACAGCGAGGGCUUCCUAGACCCUCCCAGCCCUUGCCCCGACUCCUCCAUGAAGAUCAGCCACACGUCCCCCGACAUCCCCCUCUCCACCCAGGUGGGGGGCCAGGAGCACUGUGCCCAAGGCGUCCGCAUGAAGCGCCAAGUCACAGAGCCAGCCUCGUCGACUCGGCAUAAUUCAAUCCGAAGACAACUCAACCUGUCAAACCCAGACUUCAAUAUCCAGCAGCUUCAAAAACAGGAACACUUGGCUGGAAUCGGUCGAAUUAAGCCAGAGUUAUAUAAGCAGAGGUCAUUGGAUAAUGACGAUGGGAGAAGGAAUAACAGCAAAGCCUGCGGGAAACUGAACUUUAUAUUAAAAUAUGACUGUGACUUAGAGCAGCUCAUAGUGAAGAUUCAUAAAGCUGUCAAUUUGCCCGCCAAGGACUUUUCUGGGACUUCAGAUCCUUAUGUCAAGAUCUAUUUGCUUCCAGAUCGGAAAACAAAACACCAGACUAAAGUUCACAGAAAGACCUUGAACCCUGUGUUUGAUGAAGUGUUUUUGUUUCCUGUUCCCUACAAUGAACUUGCAGCCCGAAAGCUUCACUUCUCUGUGUACGACUUCGACAGGUUCUCUCGCCACGACUUAAUCGGCCAAGUGGUGGUGGAUCACUUCCUAGACUUGGCUGAUUUCCCCCGGGAGUGCAUCCUUUGGAAGGACAUCGAAUAUGUCACCAAUGACAACGUGGAUCUUGGAGAGCUGAUGUUUUCCCUCUGCUACCUGCCAACAGCUGGCAGGCUGACCAUCACUGUUAUCAAAGCAAGGAAUCUGAAGGCAAUGGACAUAACAGGAGCAUCAGAUCCCUACGUGAAGGUCUCCCUGAUGUGCGAUGGCAGGCGGCUGAAGAAGAGGAAAACGUCCACCAAGAGGAACACCCUGAAUCCCGUUUACAACGAAGCCAUAGUCUUUGAUGUCCCUCCCGACAACAUUGACCAAACCCACUUGUCCAUAGCGGUCAUGGACUACGACCGUAUAGGUCACAAUGAGAUCAUCGGCGUGUGUCAAGUAGGCAACAAAGCUGAGAGGCUGGGCAGAGACCACUGGAGUGAAAUGUUGUCGUAUCCUCGGAAGCCCAUCGCACACUGGCAUUCCCUGGUGGAGUGCCACUUAUUCUCCUCCUGAUAAGCAGAUGCCUUCCUUAUAACAUGAUACCUCAGAAACGAUGACUUUGGUGAGAGGACUGCUUUGCUGGGGCACAGUGAGACAGCCAUCUUACAAAGACCUUAAGUAACGCUCCCUACCCAACAACACCCAGACGGCUCCAGUGGCCAAAUGCUCAGCUGUAACCACAGCAAUAACUGGCCUUCUUUCCAGACGGGUUUGGUGAACACGAAUGGUCCAGCUGUCUGCGGGUGGUGUGCUGUAGGGGAAGCACAUCUCUCAUGGAUGAGAACCAACAUCAGACUAUGGAAGAAACCAACCGACACAGAAGACCGAGAGCACCCUGAGUACCAGGACUCUUAGUGAUGGGGUCACAGCAUCUGCCCUGGGAACAUCAUACCCACAUGAUGUUAUUUGCUCGAACGCCCUGGAAGGACAGAAUAUUUUAAAAUAUAUCCAGGUGCUAAAUAGGCAGCAGAUUUAAUUCACCUUUGAGCUAACAACUGUCUCCAGAAAAUAAUUUCACCUAGGAAGUGCUCCAGCUUUGCAAGGAAUAGCCUCAGGAGUAUAAUAGGAUAAGCAGUCUGUUUCCCAGAAGAAAAUCUCCUGCAAGGAGGGCAAGUUCACAGCAGAUUCACUGCCCCCCUCCAGGCACAUGGCAGUGAGUACCAGUGGAUCACGGCCCUCUCUCCUGCUAAACCCAGAUUCCGAGGGGUCAGAAUCCCCAACACUGUCUUCUGGAUGGCCAGCAGCCACUUCCUUCCACCUGGUGUUGGCAUUAGAAAGAAAGCUCAUUGUCAUUCCUGUUAAAGGGGCAUCCAUCUCAGUGGUGUAAACAUUCUGAAAUACCCUUUCCCAGGCACACUUGUCCACUGAGGGCACAGCCUCAGAGACAGAGGUAGCAUUGUGUGAGCUGAGUUCAUAGAGAGAUAGUACAGUGGUCCCCUGACUGAAGGCACAGCUUUUGGGCCUUCUUGGCCUGAGUGCCUUCUGGGGUAUUUCCAUAUGCAACAGCCCAGAGGCGUAGCCUUUGGUAGCCACAGACGGGUUUCCUUUUCACUUCCAGACACGUAUUAUCACUUUCAUAGCACUUGGGGAUAGAAAUACCUACAAGAGUGAAGGUCAAGGGCUCUCCCCGGUAUCUCAUUCAUUACUCAACUUCCUCGGUGACCGUAUCAGCCAACCCACUGCCAGCUGCGUUUCCUCAUAUUCAUUGCUUCCGCCAUCAUAUUAAUGAAACCAAAGGCCUCGGCGGGCCCUGGGAGGGGAGGUCCUCUCUCUCCCAUGAUAGAUGCAAGGUACUCCAUCCUCACGUUUUCACCUCUUCUCUAAGAUAACAUUUCCCUUUUCCUACAAGCCCUUUGCAGCAGAAUCCAGAGUUGGAUUGUAGUUUACUUUCCUGGGAAGCUCAUUAUCUUCAUUUGAAUUAACAUUUCAGUGUGGGACUAAUUGCGUGGAAACAGAAUCACCACAUGUCUUCAGAAAGUUAGCGUUGCCACAACUGCCUGGUAUUAGAAACUACCUUUGCUCUGGCCAGUGCAGCUUAAUUAGUUGGAGCACCAUCCCAUUAACCAAAGGGUCGUGGGCUGGAUUCUCAGUCAGGGCACGUGCCUGGGUUGCAGGUUCGUCCCUGGUCAGUGCAGGUAUGAGAGGCAACCGAUCCGUGGUUCUCUCUCGCAUCAAUGUUUUUCUCCCUCUUUCCCUCCCCACCCGCUCUUUCUAAAAUUUACAUCUUGUCCUGGCAGAGGGGAUUUUUUAAGAAAAGAAACUACCCUGAUGCCAGAUCUAAAAAGGAUGGAGGCUGUUGGCUGUACGAGUCAUUAUGACCACACUCCAGCGUCACAUGUUCCCAGCCUGCCCAAUUCAUUUCUGUCUCUAAUUGGCUUUCAACCUCCAGGACCCAAAGAGGAUCCAAGUUUCUGCCUAUGUCUGAUGACAUGAGAAGAAUGCAACUUUCUUUGCCAGCUUUCUCUGCCCAUUCCUCCCCAUUCCGACAUCCAUCACCAUAUCAGUGUUUAGGACCAAAACAUGGAAGACUAGUGCCAGCUGGAUAGUCAGCAGAAAUGUUUUCUCCAGAGCCAGGCAGAUAAGCCCAGAGGAAUGGUCCCAGAUUAACCAGACUGGCCCAGAGAGAUAUCAGGCAGCCAUCCCAAUAAACAUUGACAUGUCCUUGGCACUGGGAGCCCAGGUAGGAGAUCCAGUGGCAGCUGUGCCUGUUGCUCCCCCCUCACGAUCCUCCUGCCCAGUGAGCUAGCAGCCCUGGGGUACUGAUGAGCAUGCUUCCGGUUUGUUGGUAUGAAACAGAAGGUGGCUCUGUAGGGGCCAGCAGGCAAAGAGGCCUGCCCACGUAGCAGCAGGUGGCUUUGUAUCUGGAAAGCUUUGCCUAGCCAGUCCAGCUGUGGCCAGAGGCCAGUUAUAAAUUUGAACUCCCUUGGCCCAUCUGUAAGUCUGCCUUUGUUCUCUUGCAUUCUGUUUGUUUCCCUUUAGUUUCCUAGUAAAUGUUCCUUUUGAAAAAUUCCAACCUUGUCUCAUUGAACUUGUGGGGAAGGGUAUUCUCCAGUGGCUUUUCCAGGAUGGAGAAGGAAAUUAAAGUACCU